GACGGGUUCUCUCUCUCUCUCUCCCUGUGCGCUCGUCUGCUGCAGAAGGUGGCGCCCCGUCUGAACAUGUACCAGGAAGGAGAAGCGAUGAAUGGACCUUCCACUAGAAUGCGGGGAGAUACACGGCCUCCCGGCUAUGCAUGCGGAGGAGUAGAAAUGGGCUAUUCCGUCAUCAGAUCGAGCAAACUGCCAUUGGAUGAACCUUUCGCACGAACACGGGCAUGUACACCGCUGUCCAGCCACAUGCGCAAGGAGUGGGUGAGGAGCUGCCUCCAUCGAAGGGUUGGGUGGCGCCUCUACACACAGGUCAGUAGGCAGCUGUGGAUACUGAGUAUGAAGGACCAAUAUGAGUCGCUGGGAAUAGACGAUUUUGUUCCUAGAAUGGCACCGGACUUGCAGCGAGCAAGAAGUGCACAAACUUUUGAUAACGGGAGAUCAAGGAAGCUGGGGAGCGAGAAAGUCAUGCUGGAGAAACAAGCAUCGCUGGACUUCUUCAUGUAUUCCAGGGGUGAUGAGGUGCAGGACGUGAAGCCUCGAUCUCUGCAGCUCGACAGGCUGCGAAAAACUGACAAGAAUUGUUUUUUGCAGCCCAGCCUGCAGCAGCAGCAGCAGCAGCAGCAGAGAACUGACAGGUUUGCUGCGCCUGCGCCUCUUAGCCCAUUUGAAUCGCCAAGUGAUUGCAGAUGCAGCAUAUGCAAGGGUGUGUAUACCGACCCAGUUAUCCUCUCCUCGGGGUAUUCAUUCUGCCGAGAGUGUGUGUCCAACUGGUGGAAAAAGAGCCAAUCCCAGGAUCCUGUGUGUCCAAUCACAGGGCAGAGGCAGCAGGGAGAGGCCAUUUCAAACAUUGCGCUGCAGAAGGUCGUAGCAUAUUUGCACACUGUUCUUGCGGGCGCUCAUAGGUCAAGUGUUAGACAGGUGGGCGAUGACUCCAAACUUCCCAGCACGGGCGCAGGAUAUGAAACAGACGAAGAAAUUCUGGAGCAAGCCCUUUGUUAUGCGAAGAGAACGGAUGGGCAAGCACUCGAUGUCAUCAACUAUGGCAUUGUUCCCUUGGCCAAGCUUGCAGAAAAGAGCAAGUGGAGACAGGUCAUUUUCAACGAGAGCAUUGUUGGACUGUGUGCAAAUCUGCUGCGCAACCACCGGUGGGUCCCUGUCGAUGCGAUCCUUCAGUUAUUGUAUGCGCUAUCACAAGACGAAAACGACACACCGUCAGCAGAAUGCCAAGAUCGGAGGGUUACCAUUGCGCGAACCGCUUUGAAUGUGGUGCUGACUCCGCUGUGGAGUACCGGUCAACAAAACUCAACAACCAAAGGAGGUGCGCAGCAGCUCGCUUUCAAAGUGCUCGCCAACUUACUCCAGGACAAAUCCGCACGGCGACACAUCAUCCAGACUGGUGGGAUCACUAAAGAGCUGUGCCGCACAGUGGCCUUGCGGCAACUAGGAAGCAGCAGGGUGCAUGAGAAGGAUGAAGUUUCUUGCUGUGUAUUUCUCUUGGCAGGCAAAGAAUGUGAUUCUGGGCAUGUGUGCCUCAGCCAGUUCAUAUCCGCUUUAUUCCAGUUGACCAGCGUGGUGGAUGAUGUGGAGUGCCCAUGGGUUCUUGGGGUGAUAGAGAAGAUAGUAGUCUUGGCUAUCCAGAAAGGGGAGGAUUGUGUGAUGGAGGUGAGAGAAGCAGUGAAGGACGCACAGAACGUGGAAGCGAUGGUUUCCAGAAUUAGUCCCGAUGGUUCUGGGGACAUCCGGUAUGCUUCUCUGCGUGUCCUCUGGAGGCUUUGUGCUGACAAAUGUUGUGCGAAGGCAGUUGCAAGUGUGGCUUGUACGGGGUCAGCGGCGGCAGCCUCUCUCGUGAAAAAACUAUUCUCCUUGAUGAAAAACAAGGAGGCCAUCAACGGUGAUCUGGAAUUGGUCAUUCAGGUUACUGCAGCGAUGAUUAAAAACGGUGGAGAAUCAGUCUCCAAACAGAUCAUGCUUCCCAGAGUGACAGGGAUCGAUCUGCUUGUCCAGCUGAUCAGUGAUCACCUGAAAGGAAGGUGCCAGUUGACUUCGGCGUCGUGUCUUGAUGUUAUGCAGUCCUUAGAGCGGGUGGUCGUUGAUGAUGACCCCGGCAAAGAACGCUUCCUGGAUGUGGGCGGGUUGGAGAUCAUUUUGGACCUUUUGCGACAACAACGUGAUGGUGCUUCACCAUCCUGUCGAGCAGUCGUGGCGUCAAUGCUCGCCCACAUCUCUUCCUCGCAGCUGUGCCAUGCUAAGGUAUGUGGCCAUGGAGGCGUUGAGAUCCUCGUGGAGCUCAUCAAGAGCAGCGAGGAGAUGAUGGAGUGCCGCGUAAGUGCCGUCGUUGCUCUCGGUAACCUGGUCUCCGAUAAUCCAGCGGCCAAGGCCAAGCUGAGCAGCAAGAACCUGGAGGUUGGCCACCUUUCCGCUGUGCUCAUCUCGCCAGAGGCCUCCUACCAUUCAAAGAUGGCUGCAGCUCGGAUGUUUCCCCUGGCAGGAAGAGGCCCCCUGCCUUUGCAGGAUAGAGUUAUUCCAUCCCUCCUGGAGCUGGUGCGAUUGGAUAAGACUCCUGAUGGGCAGCACAGCGUCCUGGGAGCGAUCCAGUUCCUGGCAUCCAGUCCCCGAGGCUGCAGUCGCCUGGUUGAAACGGCAGGCUUCAUGGAGGAGCUGUCUCUUCUGGCGGAGAAGUCGGCAAGCGCUGAUUGCCGUGAAGUUGCUUUGAGGAUCUUAAUAUGCUUGCUAAAGAACGAGAACAACUGUGUUAGACAAGCUGUGUACCGAUCCACUGGUGCUUCUGCACUGCUGCUGAAGGUGCUGGCGGAUAUGAAACUGCGCGAGGCAGGCAGCGCACUCCAGCUGGAUGCAACGGUCUCUCUCUUGCAUGUUGUGGAGCAGGAUGGUGAUGGCCGUAGAUGGGUCAGCGGCGGAGGUGGGGUGAAGAUGCUUAUUGAUGCAUUGUAUGGCAACUGGGGAGAGACUGAGGCCUGCAUUGUGGGCAUCCUUGGGGCACUUGCCAAGGAAGAGACGAUCGCAGUGGAGAUCUGCAGGCAGAAUGGUGUCUCGGCGAUGGUGGAUCUGCUGGAGCAGAGCUCCUCUGUUCAAGAGAACUGGAAACAUAGGGCAAUGGAAGGGCUGUACAGUCUGGCUAAGACUAGGGAUGAUGAGUGCCGCCAAUCUCUUGUUAUGACAAAGAGGUUAGUUAGGAAGAUCCUGCAUAUUGUCGAGAAAGUGGUGCAGGAGACUGUGCAAGCGGGCUCCGGCUUGCCGAGCAGGCAGGUUCUGAUGGCAGUGAUGUUGCUGCAGGAGUUGACGAGGAAGCGGGAGGCCAACUGCAUCCAGAAGGUUCUUGAUGAAAAGGGUUUGGAAAUCAUGCUGUCCUUGCUACUGUCACAGGAGAUCCUCAGUUGUCGUUGUGCCGCUCUGUCCGUCAUCGACAACGUCAUGUCCAGUGAAUACUUCCUGGAAACACAGGCGGGAGGCGCAGUUCGUCUGCAGAUUGCUCAUGGGGCGCGGAUGCUCGUAGACAUUGAUUCUUCAAAAGAUAUAACAGAGGGAUCUGGGGAAUUCCUCGGCAAGCAAGCGCAAGACGAUCAGCGAAAGUAUUUGGAACGGUGCAAGGUUGCUGCAGCCAACCUCCUGGCUACGGCAAUUCGAACAGGGAAAAAGGACUACUCAAGCCUGGAUCCCAGGGUGAUCUUUGCUCUGGCAGGCCUUCUCCAGGUGGUCGAUUCUGGAUCCGAAGACCGGUGCAAUAUUGUGGAGGCCUUGCGUUGCCUCGCCCUCGAGUCUGAGUGCUGUGACAAGCUGGUGGAGGUACCUGCAGGCCUUAAGGCCCUCGUGUCGCUAACGGCUGAUUCGGAGGCGGAAGCUUGCAGAGAGAAAGCCUUUCAGGCCAUUUUGCAACUGAUGCUGAAGGGCGAAAAAGUGGUGCGUAAGGCUGUCUAUGAGACCGGGGGGUUGACGGUUAUGCUGCAAGCGGUUUCCAGCGGUUCUCGCAUCACCUCGUCGAUGAUGGAUGCCUCUAGAGGACUUCUCCUUGCUGUGGAAAAGGAUGAGAUUGCACGCGAGUUGCUGAAUAGGGAGCAUGGAAUCGGCACCUUGAUGAAGGUCCUUGGACCUUCAUGCUUGCAUGAUCUGGGCAAUGGCGGCGAGUAUGGCGGCUGCAGCACCCUGUCGUCGUCCGAUUCAUCCCCGUUGUGUGAAGGAGGUGGUGAUUGGUCAGAGUUUCACUUCAGACUAGGAGCCACAGUGGCAAGGCUGACGGACGUCGAUCCAGAGGGGGUUCGGAAGUUGGGAGGAGAGGCAGCCUUGGUCGCAAUGCUCUUGAAGUCGGCUGAGUCCAGUAGCUUCUUGCUGUGGAGGUCGCGAGUUGCCCAUGGGCUUCUCAAUCUGGCUCUUGAAAGCACGUCUUGCAGAAAAGCUUUACAUGAAGCAGGUGCAAUUCAUGCACUUCUGAGAGUCGUUAAGCACCGUGCAUCACACGAGGUGGCGGAGGUGGUGGGGGUCCUAUGGGAGCUAGCAAGAGAGCCUGAGUGCAGGGUAGCCAUACUUGGGGCAGAUGGUUUGCCUGUCCUGCUGAACCUGCUGGAGUCGGAGGAAUCCCUAGUCUGCCUCACUGCAACAAUGAUGGUGGUAGAUACGCUCACAUCAAGUGAGGAAUUUGUGGCAUGGGAGAAACAGCGGGCGACUCCUGUGGGGCUCCGAAUCGCUCAUGCCACGUGCAUGCUCGUGGACCGUGCUUCUGUUGAAUGCAGAAUUGCAGCAGCUGGACUCCUAUCUAUGGCGAUCGUUCGAGGAAGCAAUGACUACGAGAAUCUCCAGACAACGGCAGCUGUUGUGCUUGCUCACCUUGUGCAGGCCACAACUGGGAACUGGAAGGCCCAGUGUCGUGUCGCUGAGUGUUUCAGAUGCCUCGUAUCGGACGUCAACUGCUGGGCAAAUGUGUUCAAUGCCCCUUUCGGCCUGGAGGCCCUAGUCGCGCUUGCAAUGGGGAGCUCGAACAAUGGGGCACCGAUGAACUCGUAUGAGGAAGAUUGUGAACGGAUCGCAACCCAUGCAAUAGCAAAGUUGAUCCUGAGAGUUGUGGAUGAGCCCCAGUUGCGACGGCGGGUGUUGGAGGCAGGGGGAGUGCACGUCCUCCUAAGGUGCGUAGAGGCAUGGCGAGGCAGUGUUCCUCAGGGCCCAUCCGAGACUCGAACGAAGGCUGCCAAGGCACUGCUGGCUUGUCUUGACACAGAGGAUCGCACAGUCAGGGAGCUUGUGAAGGGAGUCGGUGGUGCAACGAUCUUGGUUCAGUCACUGAAGCUGAGCGUCUCAGCUGUGCCCCCUGUCAGCUGGAGCACAGCACGGCUCGACCCAUCGGCCAGAUGGACCAUCUUCGACUUCUGCAUUGGUGGGGCCAUUGCUAAGCUUGCUGUGGAUCUGGAGGAUGAGCAGUGUGCCCAUCUGUCUGAAGCCGGGGGCAUCCGUUUGAUGGUCGACAUGUUCCUGCAGUCAUGCCUGCUGGAGUUCAUUGCCAACGAGCUCAAGAUCCGAGCGUUGGAUGGGCUAUGGGCCCUCGCACGUCAAAGCCCACUUUGCCGACAGCAGAUCACCACGAAAGAGAUGGUGAAACGUCUCAUCGAUAUCAUAUCCCAGGCUGAUGGAAUGGGAUCCUUCUCUAGCGGCAGCCACAGCAGCCCCUCGAUCACCCCCGGCGGAGGUGCCGCAGCUGCCGUCCAGUCAUCGCCUGCCUCGGGGCAUAACUUAUCUCGUGCAUCGCCUUCCUCACCGAACCACGAGAACUUUGAGGUUGUCUCGGAGGAGGUGCUGAGAGCAUUGGGAAUUCUUAGGGAGAUGUCGAAGGAUACGGAAGCAGGUAGCCUCGUCAUCGAAAACAAGGGAGUGACCACACUGCUGCGGCUGCUGGAUAGGGCGGUGGACGACAAAUCUGGCGAAGGUUGCGUUGAACAAGCCAUCGAAAUCGUGCACGAACUGAGCAGAAAGCACAACCUCGCCCGAAUGCAUGCAGUAGUGCAGCUUGGCUUAGUUACUGCGAAAAUUCUUCGCACAGCAAUCGACACUGCCGAGCUCACACGAGGGAGGGGUGCUAUCAGCCCCCUUGUUGUCGAAAGGACUCUGCGGAUUGUCAGGAACCUACAGCUGGACAUGCGAACCAGUCUUGUGAAGGACGACAUGGUCAGCAUCCUAUGGCCUUUCCUUGAAGAGAGAGAUCACGGCACACUUAUCUGGGAUGGCAUGGGAGAUGUCAUUAUAGCCGCAGCAAUUCGCGCGCUGGAGGCAUACAAGGACUUCCCCAUGGAAAGACUGAAAAUGAGGGGCACCGAGGGCGGCAUGUCUCUGCUGAUCCAGAGGCUCAUUGACCUUCCUAUGGAAGCAGACAUGGCCUCCGCUCAUGUGUGUGGAUCUGAGCUUCUCCUCGCGUUGAUGUCAGAUCAUGGUGGUAGGACUGAAGCGAUUAAUGCCGAGGUCACCAAAGUCACAGGAAGGUGGUUGACUCGCGCAACAGAGGCAAAUCAGGAGCAGCACAACAACAACAGCUGCCUGUCUUGCGCCGCCAUCCCCGUCCUACGGAAACUCGUUCAAAACCUGGGCCUUUUCAAGCGUGACAGGGUCAUCCUUCUGCUUCAGGAAGCCGGCUGCUUCAAGGCGCUUCAAGUUCUGCGCGAUGCCGACUACCAGUGGCAUGACUCAUGUCGCAUUGCCGCUGAGCGGCUUAUUCAGGAGUGGUCCACAAAUCGGGCUCUUUACAGGUUCUUGUGAUAGAGUGCUACAGUAACACCUCUACUAAUAGUAUGUUUUCGCAUACCCCCGCUCUCUCCCUCACCAGCGACAACCUCCAUGGAGGUGUUGACGUGUGGGCCAUGGAAACUGUCAUUUUCAUUGGGGACCACCCCACCCUCCAGCUACCGUCAGGUGAAAUGCUGAGGGGCUCUGUCCAUACCACUGGAAAACCCUUGAAACCCAAGGAAGCAUUUUUUUUGGUUUCAAGGGGGUUUCAAGAGGGUUUCAAGGGGGGGUUCAGGGGGGGUUUCAGGGGGGGGUUCAAGGGGUGCGGAACGAGAGCCCCUUAGUCGU